CCGCCCCUCGGCGCUUUCCGCUUUACCUUUCUGUUUGGCACUGGGACCACCCCCUGUGCUCCAAGGCCCCUCCCACACCCGGCCUCACCGUGUCUCUGUGUGUCGGUCUGUAUGCGCGUUCCACCGGAGCGAGCGGGAAAUUCCCGUUGAUUACCGAGAGACAUACUCUUCCAAAUCGCGGCCUGUACCGGCUGUGUGAGCCCCGGCUGCCCGUGCACACUGGGCCAGUGUUUGGCUAUUGCCCGCUCAGGCCGGCCAGUUUGCCAGUGAGUCGGUGUGUGCAGAGUCCAUGGCGUACAGUCAGGGGGGCGGCAAGAAGAAGGUCUGCUACUACUAUGAUGGUGAUAUCGGAAAUUACUACUAUGGACAAGGGCAUCCUAUGAAACCUCACAGGAUUCGGAUGACCCACAAUUUAUUGCUAAAUUAUGGACUUUACAGGAAAAUGGAAAUUUAUCGACCUCACAAGGCAACUGCUGAAGAGAUGACAAAGUACCACAGUGAUGAAUACAUAAAAUUUCUCAGAUCUAUAAGGCCAGACAAUAUGUCAGAGUACAGCAAACAAAUGCAGAGAUUCAAUGUAGGUGAGGAUUGCCCUGUGUUCGAUGGUCUCUUUGAAUUUUGCCAGUUGUCUACUGGAGGUUCUGUAGCUGGUGCAGUCAAGUUGAAUCGCCAGCAAACAGAUAUGGCUGUUAACUGGGCAGGAGGAUUACAUCAUGCUAAGAAAUCAGAAGCCUCUGGAUUUUGUUAUGUGAACGAUAUUGUUCUUGCAAUCCUUGAACUACUAAAGUACCACCAAAGAGUGUUAUAUAUUGAUAUUGAUAUCCAUCAUGGUGAUGGUGUUGAAGAGGCAUUUUAUACCACUGAUCGUGUUAUGACUGUUUCAUUCCACAAAUAUGGGGAGUACUUCCCAGGCACUGGAGAUCUCCGGGAUAUUGGUGCUGGAAAAGGCAAGUACUAUGCCGUCAAUUUUCCUAUGAGGGACGGUAUUGACGAUGAAUCGUAUGGACAGAUAUUUAAACCUAUUAUUUCUAAAGUGAUGGAAAUGUACCAACCCAGUGCAGUGGUAUUGCAGUGCGGUGCUGAUUCAUUAUCUGGGGACCGUCUUGGAUGUUUCAAUUUGACUGUCAAAGGUCAUGCAAAGUGUGUUGAAGUUGUAAAGACAUUUAAUUUACCUCUGCUGAUGCUUGGCGGAGGAGGCUACACUAUCCGUAAUGUUGCUCGCUGUUGGACAUAUGAAACUGCAGUAGCAUUAGACUGUGAAAUUCCAAAUGAGCUACCCUACAAUGAUUACUUUGAAUAUUUUGGACCAGACUUUAAACUGCAUAUAAGUCCUUCCAAUAUGACAAACCAAAAUACACCGGAGUAUAUGGAGAAAAUAAAGCAGCGUUUAUUUGAGAACUUACGCAUGUUGCCACAUGCACCUGGUGUACAGAUGCAAGCUAUUCCAGAAGAUGCCAUUCAGGAGGACAGUGGUGAUGAAGAAGGAGAGGACCCAGAUAAACGCAUUUCUAUUCGUGCAUCUGAUAAGCGCAUCGCCUGUGACGAGGAGUUUUCGGAUUCUGAAGACGAAGGUGAAGGAGGAAGGCAUAAUGUAGCUGAUCACAAAAAGAGCACAAAAAAAGCGAGACUUGAAGAAGACAAAAAGGAUAAUGAUGACAAAAAGUCAGAUGUCAAAGAAGAAGAGAAGUCAAAGGACAAUGUUAUGGAGAAAAUGGACACUAAAGGUGUCAAGUCGGAGCAGCCAAGUAAUCCUUGAGUUAUUGGUGAGCAGGAAGCGUUGAUGAAAGGACUCUGCGAUUCAAGACGAAAGUAGUUUUCCACCCCCACUUCCCCCUUUAAAGAAAAAGACUGCUGAUUUUACCCCCUAGCACUUGGCAUGGACCGUAUUUAUUGUAAAACGGUAUUGUUUUCCUGGCAGGUCGUAUUGAGUUUUCUAAUAAUUGAGCAAAAUUUCUUAUCUUUGCCAUGCUUUAUGUAUUAGUAUUUAAGAUGGAUGUGAGUUACUAUGUUUCAUGUCUUUAACUGAUCAAUUAAAUGCCUUUUGCCAUUA